CAGAAAGCACAACAAAAAAUAGUCCUGCGUUUUCUUCUCUAUUAUUUUGUUAAAAUAAGUUCAUUGUUAUGUAGUAACCCUAUUUAUUGUUUUAUUAAAUAAUAUUUAUAAAAAUGGAUACUCCAUCAGAGAAUAUAAUCAUCAAUUCUUGUCAAUACACACCAGUUUAUUUCAUUGAAAAUUCAAGUGCUAAUCAGGCAAGAUCAUAUAUUAUAACUCAAAACAACCAAAGUGUAGAGAAGCCAGUAAGCGAAAAUCUAAAAAGAUUCUACGAAAAUAGCGGCAAACUGGAAAAUAACCUUAAUGGAAAUGAAAAUAGUACAAAACCAAGAAUUUUGAAAAAACCUGAAUGUAACGUCGUCGGGAAUAACUUAAAACUUGCAAGUUUCCUUUUACCAAAAAGUGAAACCAAAAAUGAGUCUUGUAAACAGACGAUUACACCUGGGAAUAAUGUUGUGUUGAAACCUGUGUACAUUGCUAAUAACCCAAGUCCAAAUCCUGUGCCCAAAUUGGACGUAAACAGUAAAAUAGUAAAAUUAAAAGACUUACCAAAUGUUAUUCGCUCCCCAAAUGGAAAAAUACUGCCAAAGAUUAAACCAAAAGAAAAUACAUCAAAUAAAUCUAAACACACAUCAGUUCAAUUGCUCAAGUUAGGAGAGACAUACCAUAGUCUCAAUCAAUUAAGCGAUGAUCAGAGGAAGAUAGUUAAUCAUGCAUUGAAGAUAUUUAGUAAUCCACAAAACUCUCCACCUGAACCUACAUAUGAUCCUGUUACAAAUACCAAGUUUAUUUACAAAGUUGUAUCACCGAAAGACUUGGCAGUGGUAGGAAAAAACAAAAUGAAUAAACAUAAGAAAGUUGAGGUUAAAAAGGAAGUUACUAAAAUAAUAGGAACACAAGAGCACGAAGUAGUUGAUGAACACAAAAUACAAGUUGAGACAAAAGUAACUCGUAGUGGCAGAAUAGUUAAGUUGCCGAAGAAUAUGAUAGCUGAAGAAUCACCAAAUAAACCUAAAAGAAAAAAUGGACAAAUUGUUUCAUGCCUCCAAUGUACCUCUAAAUUCAGCAGUCCGCAUCGUCUUCACAGACACUAUGAGAACCAUCCUACACAUUUACCAUCCAAGCUUCACUCUGACUUAUUCCAAUGCCUACUAUCCAUUGUGAAAACAGGGCCGGUAGAUGAUGGGGCUAACAACUUUGUACAGCAGUUAGAUCAAUUUGUUAAAAAGUUAAAAUCAUGUAUUCCAUGUUUAUUAAAGUCUGAUGAUAAUACAAAUGGAAAACCAAGUAUAAUCAAUGAUGAUAUUGGCAGAUUAUUGGGAAUAAAUCCAGGCAAAUACAAUUUAAAUAUUGAUGCACUUAACUGUGAAAAAGACAAAAAUGGCUUCUGCAUACACAAUCCACCACCAAGUAUUAUACAGACAAAGGAAUGUUUACAUACCACAAUGGAUGAUACUCAAAUCUUAGAACCUAAUAAUUUUAAAAUACCAAACAUUGGUGAUAAUGUAAAUAUCAAUACAGUAUUAUCAGAUAAACUACCUAUAUAUGUAAAUAAUAAUGAUAAUAGAAAACAUACAUUAGAGUGGUUGAACCAAAUUGAUACUGGAAAAAAGAUGAAACUUUCUCCAGAAGUUGAGAGAGAUAGUGUAGUAAUUGAUGAUAUAGUUGCUUUAUUGAGUGACACAGAAAAGACUGAAAAUAACGUAGAAUCAAAGAAUGUAGAUAAUGUAGUAUUAAAAAAUAAUAAUGAAAAGGGACAAAACACUGUACCAAAGCCUGCUAAAUCUCAACCUGCUCAUAUACAAUUUCGAAGCACGCAUUUCGAUAUCAGAUCAUCUCCGAUAAAAUCUUCAUCAACUGUUUUUAGAAAGUUCCAAAUAAAUCCCGAAAAGAUGGCCAAAUAUGAGGUUGAAAUAAUACGCCCUAUACAACUGAACAAAUUGGCACAAGAGAUAGAAAAGUGCGCGGAAAAGUCACAAAAUGAACAAGAAAUUAUAGAAGAAACAAAUAAGACACCCAUAAAUAGUACUGAACCACUUGGUUAUAAGCCACCUAAAGUUUGGUCAAGUGACCAAUCGGAAAAUUUUACAAAGUGUAAUAGCUUAAUUAGUGACCAAACAGAUGACUUUUUAAAACCUAACACACUUAUUGAACCAGCAUUGCUACAUGUUAAAGAUGGGUCUGCAAUCCCCAAUACAGCUACAGAUAAUAAUGAAAUAGACACAAGUGACAUAUCAAUUAAUCAAGGUCAAUCUAUUAUAAACUUUUUAGAAUCCCUUGGCAAUGAACUGACAUAUUCAGAGACUGCAAUUAGAAACAAUUCUAUUGAUUUUCAAUUAGAUUUAUUUUCAUUUAAUAAUUCUUAGGAUAAUAAAAUGAUUAA